GGUCCGGCCUGCUGCGCAGUGGAUGCUGAGGAGCAGGAAAACAGCACCGCUGGUGAUAGUUAUGGGUGAUUUAUUCAGAUGCGAUCGGCAUACUUAUCUGCGUGCAGGCUUCAUAUUUAACCCGAGAUCACAUUUUAGAAGCUAGGUCUGCAAUGGGAAGCUUGCACGACACGCGCAAGUAGAUGCGCCAAAUGCAACGUUUCCAGAAUUUCGGUGUUGCGGACGCUCGACUGUCUCCCGACUGACUUUUAAUCUCAAGCAUCAGCAGCAGCUCUGCAGGUAAGCACCAUGCUGACCAGCAUCACAGACGGGAUCCUCUGCUGUCUCACCGGGAAGACUGACAAUCUGGUUUUGCCGCUGGAGUCAUCAGAACCCUCUGAUGGCUUUAAGUUUGUGGAGGUGAAGCCUGGACGAGUCCUGAGGGUGCGGCACAUCAUCCCGGAGCGUCCGCCCCCCGGAGCAGAAGAGAAGGCUGUGGGCAAGAAAGAGGAGGCCAGCGAACGUGAUGGUUCCCCUGUGGACUCCGGCGAUGCUGACAUCAGUGUUCACUGCAAGAGGAAGAUCACAGUCUACCGUAACGGUCAGCUGGUGAUCGAGAAUCUCGGCGACGUGCUGCACUCCGAGAUCUUGCAGUGUCAGGAUGGAGAUCUGGAACCCUGCAGCACCGUCGAAGUGGAGCUGGCUGACUACAAAGAAAUUGCGUCGUCGCCAGACCCCAAACCUGUUCCUCCUCCAGUUCCUCCCCCUCAAGGUGAGCAGAAACCAGCUCCACCUCCUCGCCGCCGCCGCCGCAAACCCAAGCGCACGCUGAUGAUCGACUCUAAGAGAGUGAUCACCAGCUGCAAAGGGACGCACUCGGAUGUGGCGCUCUUCUUCAUACACGGCGUCGGCGGCUCGCUUGACAUCUGGAGCAGCCAGCUGGACUUCUUCGCCCGUCUAGGCUACGAGGUCAUCGCGCCGGAUUUGGCGGGUCACGGAGCCAGCACUGCUCCGCAGAUUGCAGCAGCCUAUACUUUCUAUGCCCUGGCGGAGGACCUCCGCGCCAUCUUCAAGAGAUACGCGCGUAAACGCAACAUUCUCAUUGGACACUCGUAUGGAGUCUCUUUUUGCACCUUCCUCGCCCACGAGUAUCCAGAUCUGGUGCACAAAGUGGUGAUGAUCAACGGAGGAGGUCCCACUGCCCUGGAGCCGAGCCUCUGCUCCAUCUUCCAGCUUCCUUCCUGUGUGCUCCACUGCUUGUCCCCCUGUUUGGCAUGGAGCUUCCUCAAAGCUGGAUUCGCCCACCAGGGUGCCAAAGAGAAGCAGCUUCUGAAGCAGGGCAACGCCUUCAACGUGUCCCCGUUUGUUCUGCGCGCCAUGAUGAGCGGCCAGUACUGGCCAGAGGGGGACGAGGUCUACCAUGCUGAGCUCACCGUGCCCAUCCUUCUGGUUCACGGCAUGUGUGAUAAGUUUGUGCCUGUGGAUGAAGACCUGAGAAUGGCAGAGAUCCUCUUGUUCGGGUUCUUAAAAGUGAUCGACGAAGGAAGCCACAUGGUGAUGAUGGAGUGUCCUGAGACCGUCAACACUCUUCUACAUGAGUUCUUCCUGUGGGAGCCGGACAUGUCUAGUAAAAACAGCCUCCAGGGGGAGAAAGAACAGACUGCUGCCAAAACGGAUGCACUACAGACAUUGAAACACAAGAAGAAUGGCGACAAAUAACCAGUUAAGAGUCGUAUUUGUGUGGUGAAAUACAAAGAUGGCAGAUUAGUCCUAACCUUAAGGCUGCUGCAAGGCUGUGAGCUGUUUGCUACAGAGCCACGUCUUAAGCGUAGAGCUGCACCGGGAAAGAGUUGGACUCACUGUGUCGCGAGGUUUGAACCUGAAGAUGACGGAUGCAAAGUAGUUUUCGCUCAUCGUUUUCAUUCAGACUCUUCUUCUCACAAUAACUGGAAUUUACAGGGACUAUGUAUCUGUCCAUUUGUGAUCUUGUUAAAGGUGACUUCUUCAACCUCCAUCCCUCCACGUCAAUGUUAAGUGUUGCAAAGACUGUAUUUUUGAAAAGGAAUUAACUUAUUUUUUGCCUUUAACAGACCGAGAAAUCCGGUGGAAUAUAUGAAAAAAUAAUAUUUAUUUAGCAGUGGACAGAAUUGAAAUGAAAAUUAUGAUGUUUAUAUUUGAGAGGAGGCCAUUACUUUAUAAACUUUACACUGAACAUUACACAGAAAUCAGGUCAUUGCUAGCUGCUAAUACAGCUCAUAAAUGCAAGUUAACUUGGCCUAUCUUUUUUCCAAAUUUAUACAGUUAAUCUAAUCUAAAUUGUGAUUUUACAAUCAUUCGCCUUAUCAAAACAAGUAGCUUUUGUCGUUUGUGAGCUAUUAAAUUUGUUCUUUUUUUGAAUGAAAAUGAAUCUACAGUGUCAAAAUUAAUAUAGAUGUAAACUACAUUUUCUUGAAUUCUGAAACAUUUUAUUAGGUAGUUACCCAGAAAAUAUGGCGACUACUGUGACCUUGCAUUGGCUAAGAUUACAAGACAAAAUGGCCUAAUGCAUAAAUCAUUCUGUGAAUAUGAUUUUCACUCAUUAUAUUUCCUUACUUUAUUGUUACAUGGUAUACUGUAUGUGUCUUCAUUCUGGUUAGUACAACACAAGAGUUUGUUCUUGCUCUAUUGUUGGUUUUAUCGGAAGAAAAAGAGCCGAAUAAUCAGCUCAAUAAAAAACACAUUCAUUUAUGGGUGUUUGACUGUCCCACAGUGGGACUGGGAGGAGACAGAGCACCGGCUUAUAUGGUCUGAGACAGUGCUUCACUGUUGAAUAGUGCGUCACUGUAUUGUGUCACGGAUGGUGACAUUUUAAGGGGUUCACUACUGAAGAUUUAUGAUACUUACAAUGCUGAUCCUAUAAUAUAUGCAUAUUUUCUGAAUGGACGCAACAUGACCUUGAGCAGACGAAACAAAAAUAUGUAACAGAAAGUGUU